AUGAGUACAGAGCCAAAUAAUUUAGCCGAACAAAUCGAAAAGGUGGCUCUUGAGGAAACUGCGGAGGAAACCUCCGUCAAUGAGGCAACCGCAGAGGGCAACAACGGGGAAAAGAAAAAGAAAAAGAAGAAGAAGAAUAACAAGAAAAAGAAGGGCGGUAUCAAUCAGUUCUUCCCCGACGGUGUGUUCCCUGAAGGAGAAUGGCAGGAGUAUACCGGAAGCGAAGAGAAUUUGAAGAGAGUAACUGACGAGGAGAAAAGAUAUUUAGAUCGUCAGGCUAACAACAAAUGGAAUGAGUUUAGAAAAGGAGCAGAGAUUCAUAGACGAGUGAGACAAACUGCCCAAAAGAACAUCAAACCUGGAAUGACAAUGACUGAAGUUGCAGAGUCAAUUGAGAAUAGUGUCAGAGCCUACAGCGGUACAGACGAUAGUUUAAAAGGUGGUAUGGGAUUUCCUUGCGGUGUGUCUCUCAACCAUUGUGCGGCUCAUUAUACACCGAAUGCUGGAGACAAAGUUGUUCUUCAAUACGACGACGUGAUGAAGGUUGAUUUUGGUGUUCAUGUUAACGGACAUAUCAUUGAUUGUGCUUGGACUCAGACUUUCAACGAGAGAUACGAUCCUCUGCUGAAUGCAGUGAAGGAGGCCACAAACACCGGCAUUAAGACCGCCGGAAUCGAUGUGAGAAUGACAGAUGUUGGUGAAGCCGUUGAAGAAGUGAUGGAAAGCUACGAGGUUGAACUUGACGGCAAAGUUUAUCCUGUUAAGUGCAUACGGAAUUUACAAGGACACAACAUUAAACCGUACCAAAUCCAUGGUGGAAAGUCUGUACCAAUUGUGAAAAACGGUGACACAACUAAGAUGGAAGAAGGAGAGACAUUUGCCAUUGAGACAUUCGGAUCAACAGGUAAAGGCUAUGUUGUUCAUGGUGGUGAGUGUUCGCACUAUAUGAAAAACCUGGAUGCACCUCCUAAUGCGCCUAUUAGACUCGAUAGGGCCAAGAAGUUGAUGCAGACGAUAGACAAAAACUUCGGCUCUUUGCCAUUUUGUCGCAGAUAUCUUGAUCGGAUCGGCGAAGAGAAAUAUUUAUUAGCAUUGAACCAAUUGUGCAGAGCAGGACUGAUCACAGAGCAUCCUCCACUUGUUGACGUCAAAGGUUGUUAUACGGCACAAUACGAGCAUACAAUUCUGCUGCAUCCAACUAGAAAAGAAGUUGUUUCGAGAGGCGAUGACUAUUAAAGCUCGUCUUUGAGCAUAGAUGGGAUAGUUGAUGUUGCAGUUUCCAGUAGGACUGAUUUGCCCGGAUCCAAGGCCGUGGCACUGACUGCCAUUAUCGUGUCGCUCAUAGACGCUGUCAGUUCCACAGCUGAAUUUCUUGUUUUGAGUGAAGAGGCUCCCCAGACCAUUACAGUCAAGGACUUGUAUAGUAGCCAGAUGAACAAUCUGAUAGGUUUUCGAAAGAUUCUCUUGUAUAGUAUCCAAAUGCAGACUGUACAGAAGAAAUACAAGGAGCUGUAAAUCUGCUUUCUCUCUCUAGAACUUGACUCAUUUAUAGUCCUCACCAGUUUGUUUGAUCUAACAAGAACAUCUGUGAAAUAACUGUACUUAUUUGAUAAGUUUGUGAGGGAAUUUGUUGAAUGCGCAAGAUCUGAUAUAUUCAUUUCGCUUGCCAAAAGCGAUGACUGUAGCAAUUCAUUUACACUUUGCAGUUUCCUCGUGAGAAGCGAGUUUUUGUUCAGCAGCUGCUCUUCCUUUGUAAGUUUUUUAAGAUUAUGAUCAUCGAGGAUCGGCUCAUCUGUAAGCUCAUCAGUUUGCUCUUCUUCCUCUUGCGCUGUCCAAGAUUUUGAGGACAGCAAUAAUUCUCUGAAGUCCACUCUCACAUCGAAAAAACGCUCUUUGAGUAGUGCAAACUGGUAUUCCAUGUCCUCCUGCGUAUCUCCAGAUACGCAAUCAAGUUUCGCUGUUAUAAUGUUUGCGAGUUCUUCAAGUUUUUCGUAGAGGUCUGUGCUCUGGGCCUGAGUAUUCAGACGGAUGAGCUCAAAGUCAAUGUCAGUUUUGUUCUUUGAAUGCUUAAACUCAUAUAAAGCAACCUGAAGGUCAUUGAGCAAAUGCUGGAAGUCUUGAAGAUCACGAUUGAGGUCCAAAUCCAUG